AUGGAAAAGGUUAAGAUCAUUAAGGAGCUGUUGAAAACAGCUAAGAUUCAUCAAAAGUCCUAUUCAAAUGUUUGUCACAAAGAUUUGGAGUUCAAAGAAGAUGAUUGGGUAUUCAUGAAGGUUUCCCUCAUGAAGGUUAUAAUGCGGGUUGGAAGGAAAGGGAAAUUAAGUCCGAGGUAUGUUGGGCCACGAAAAAUCAUGCAGAGGAUUGGUCAGGUGGCUUACAAGCUUGAGCUACCACCGGAGAUGUCAUUAGUGAAACCGGUAUUUCAUGUGUCUAUGUUGAAGAAAGUAAUUAGGGAUCUGUCGCUUAUUGUGACAGUUGUGACUAUCGAGGUUAAGGAUGAACUGUCAUAUAAAGAAAUUCCAGUUGCUAUUCUUGAUAGGUGGAGCUUCUACGGCACAUUAUGCGACCACAGAAUAGUUUUGCGGACUGCAGACUGGUCAGAGACUGAAGUAAGAAAUAUUAGUUUUGGAGGGCCAAUUAUGCAGCCCACUUUGCGGACCGCAGAAGUAUUAUGGAGUCGAUAUGCGACCGCAGAUCCUAUUUUGGGGCUUCACUUUGGUAUUUUAUAA